AUGCAUAAUAUUCCCUUCCUUGCUACAGGAGCUCGCCACGGAUAUACAACCACGCUGGGAGACCUACAUGAUGGGCUCGCGAUCGAUCUCAGUCACUUUAAAGAAUUUGAACUAGACGCGGCUGCAAAGACUCUGACUGUUGGUCCUGGUGUUACCGUUGGCGAGAUAUUUGAUCCGUUAUUUAACGCUGGAUUUGACAUUCAGACUGGCAGCGCCCCUUGUCCGAGCUUUAUCGGCGUGACACUGGGAGGCGGCGUUGGUCGCUUUCAAGGCGUCUACGGCUUACUCUCCGACGCCCUCAUUUCGGUUCGUCUUAUCACUGCCAAUGGAGAAGUUUUAGAAGUGUCGAGAACGAGAUGCCCCGAUUUAUUCUGGGCGAUUCGAGGUGCGGGUGCAAACUUUGGCGUUGUGAUCUCUGCCACUUACAGUGUCCAUCCCCUGACAAACAACGGCGAAAUGUUUGUUGCGGAAUUCAUCAUUCCGCCUCGGAGGUGGCCUGAGUACUUCCGCAUAAUGGAAUCCAUGUCGCCAUUACCCGCUGAGCUAUCUUCGCUGCUACUCAACAGCUUCGAUACAAUCACAAAUCAGACCCAAUUGUUUGCGCACUGGGCUUACAAGGGCCCUGAAGCUGAAGCCCGCAAACACCUAUCUCCAAUUUUGAACAUGAAUCUCACAGCAACUCAGAUGAGAGUUCUUCCGUGGAACAGACUCGUGGAGAACACAUUCGCUGGGGCUGCCGUCACUGUUUGUGAGCCCAACACCAACCGAAACUUGUACACCUUGAGCAUGAAAAACUACUCAGCGUCCACUUGGGAAGCUGUAGCCUCCAAGUUGGCGACUUUCUAUGCCCGGUUUCCUCAUGCGCGCAGCUCUUCUCUUCUGUAUGAAUUCUUCCCAAAUCAAGCUAUGGCAGCCAUUCCAUUAGAGGAUACUGCGUUUCCGCGGAGGGAUACAACAGCAUACAUGUACGUCUACAAGCGAGAACCGAGCCCAAUACUGAUAGCUGACAUGAUAUCUGCUACUAGAAAUCUCAUUUUGACCUCGAGCAUUCACAACAGUGAGAUGGACAAUGCUCUGGCUAGGUUUGGUGAAGAAAUUCGUCGAGAUGUAGCCGCAACAUCAGGGUAUCCAGAGAUUACCACUUUUGUCAAUUAUGCCCAUGGCGAUGAAACGCUGGAACAGAUUUACGGAAAGGAAAAGCUAGCACGGUUGGCAGCGCUGAAGAAGAUGUGGGAUCCUAAAGCAGUCUUCAGCUUCAACAAUGGCCUGCCUACCACGUAUCCUUAA